AUGGCCGCCAACGCAAGACUCGCUCGAACAUGCUCCCGUCGGGUUCUGUUAUCCAGAUUGACUAUUUUCCAAUUAUUUCUCGAAUAUGGCAUUGCUGCCGGGCGUUCCAUCGAAUACCUUCGACGAUUAUGGCUGCUUUUCCAAAUGGCCUCCGACAUGCAACACGAACACGACGUGUCGAAUCUAUCGGAUGUCUUCCAUAACCUUUGUGAAGUCUAUCAUGAUCUGAAAAUUGGCGAUGACGCACUCAGCGAUGGGAUCAAAAACCAAACUAGACGAAAUUUUCACCAUCCUGGGCAAAUCAAUACGAAUAGUUGUCGUAUUGGAUGA